AUCUCCGACAUCUACAUCAGCGGGGAGUCGGGGGAUAUGUCGGCCAAGGAGAAGCUGCUACUCUGCACGCAGAAGCUCAUCCACAGAUACAGGCCGGAUCUGGUGGACAUGGAGAGGGUGCAGAUCCAGAGUAACCGGGAGAACCUGGAGCAAGCCUUCGAGAUUGCCGAGCGGCUGGGCGUCACGCGGCUGCUGGAUGCUGAAGACGUGGACGUCCCCUCUCCCGAUGAGAAAUCCGUGAUAACUUAUGUGUCUUCAAUCUACGAUGCCUUUCCCAAAGUCCCCGAGGGAGGAGAAGGGAUCAGCGCUAUCGAGGUGGAUUUGAGGUGGCUGGAGUACCAGACCCGCGUGGAGUCCCUCAUCUCGUGGAUCAAGCAGCACACGAUACUCAUGUCAGAUAAAUCCUUCCCCCAGAACCCUGUAGAGCUAAAGGCACUUUAUAACCAGUACAUACACUUCAAAGAAACUGAAAUCCCAGCGAGAGAGCAGGAAAAAGGGAGGAUAGAGAAGCUCUACAAACUGUUAGAGGUAUGGAUUGAAUUUGGACGCAUCAAGUUGCCCCAGGGCUACCACCCCAACGACGUGGAGGAGGAGUGGGGCAAGCUCAUCAUCGAGAUGCUGGAGCGCGAGAAGCUCCUGCGGCCGGCCGUGGAGAGGCUGGAAUUGCUGCUACAAAUUGCUAACAAAAUCCAGAAUGGUGCUCUGAGCUGUGAAGAAAAACUCACUCUCGCAAAGAACACGCUGCAAGCUGACACCGCUCACCUGGAGUCGGGCCAGCCGGUGCAGUAUGAGUCCGACGUGGUCGUGUACCUGCAGGAGUGCGAGGGGCUCCUGCGCCAGCUCCAGGUGGAUGUGCAGAUCCUGCGGGAUGAGAAUUAUUACCAGCUGGAGGCGCUGGUGUUCAGGAUCAUGCAGCUGCAAGACGAGCUGGUGACGCUGAGGCUGGAGUGCACAAACCUGUACAGGAAAGGUCACUUCUCCACCCUGGAGCUGGUGCCUCCUUCCACGCUGAGCACAACGCACUUGAAGGGCGAGUCCCUGACCAAAGGGCUGCACACCUCUGCUGCCUCCUGGUUCCGCAAACCCAUGCCCAGGACCGAGCUGGUGGCCAUCUCCUCUUCCGAAGACGAAGGCAGCCUCCGGUUCGUGUACGAGCUGCUGGCGUGGGUGGAGGAAGUGCAGAUGAGACUGGAGCGGGCAGAGUGGGGGAGCGACCUGCCGAGCGUGGAAACCCAGCUGGAGACCCAGCGGCACGUCCACACCAGCGUGGAGGAGCUAGGCUCCAGCAUGAAGGAGGCUCGGAUGUACGAGGGUAAAAUGUCUCAGAAUUUCCGCGCUAGCUACACGGAGACACUUGGCAAGCUGGAGACGCAGUACUGCAAGCUGAUGGAAACCUCGAGCUUCCGGCUGCGGCACCUCCAGAGCUUGCAUGGGUUUGUGUCCCGGGCCACCGCUGAGCUGAUCUGGCUGAACGAGAAGGAGGAGGAGGAGCUGGCCUACGACUGGAGCAACAACAACCCCAACGUCACAGCCAAGAGGAACUACUUCUCGGAGCUGACGGCGGAGCUGGAGGAGAAGCAGGACAUCUUCCGCUCCCUCCAAGACACGGCCGAGCUGCUGUCCCUGGAGAACCACCCGGCCAAGCAGACCGUGGAGGCGUACAGCGCUGCCGUGCAGAGCCAGUGGCAGUGGAUCAAGCAGCUCUGCCUCUGCGUGGAACAGCACGUGAAGGAGAACACCGCCUACUUCCAGUUCUUCAGCGAUGCUUGCGAGUCAGAGACCUACCUGCGCAACCUGCAGGACUCCAUCAAAAGGAAGUAUUCUUGCGACCGUAACACGAGCCUGACGCGGCUGGAGGACCUGCUGCAGGACUCCAUGGACGAGAAGGAGCAGCUCAUCCAGUCCAAGAGCUCCGUCGCCAGCCUGGUGGGACGCUCCAAAACCAUCGUCCAGCUCCGACCCAGGAACCCGGAGCACCUGGUGAAGAGCACGAUCCCCAUCAAGGCGGUUUGCGACUAUCGCCAGAUCGAGAUCACAAUCUGCAGGAACGAUGAGUGCGUGCUGGAGGACAAUUCCCAACGGACCAAGUGGAAGGUGAUCAGCCCCACGGGGAACGAGGCCAUGGUGCCUUCUGUCUGCUUCCUCAUCCCCCCGCCCAACAAAGAGGCCAUCGAGGUGGCCAGCAGGGUGGAGCAGCUGUACCAGAAGGUGAUGGCUCUGUGGCACCAGCUGCACAUGAACACCAAGAGCCUCAUCUCCUGGAACUACCUGCGGAAGGACAUCGCCCUGGUGCAAAGCUUCAGCAUGGAGAAGCUCCGCUCCCUGGCGCAAGGGGAGUGCCAGCAAGCCCUGAAGAACCUCCAGGCGCACUACGAGGAUUUCCUGCAGGACAGCCGCGACUCCGAGCUCUUCUCCGUGUCCGACCGCCUGCGCCUGGAGGAGGACGUGGAGGCUUCCAAGGAACACAUCCGGCAGCUGCUGGAGUCCAUGGAGAACGAAGACAAGGAUGAGACCAUAGCCAGGACAUAUCUCUCUGAGCUCAAGAACAUCCGUCUGCGCCUGGAGGAGUGUGAGCAGAGGCUGGUGAGCCGAAUCCAGUCCCAGAGCAGCACCCGAGCAGACGGUGACACUAUCCAGGAGAACACCAUCUGCAUUGCGGAGCAGGAGCGCAUGCAGGAGGAUCUGCAGCGGCUGAAGUCAGACCUGCAGUUUGUUUCUGAGAGGUGCUACAGCUUCCUCAGCAAGGCGCCCGUGGGGUCCAGCACGCCUCACUUGCGUUUCGAACUGGACUUGAUGGUGAACAAGAUGGACCAGAUGUAUGGGCUGUCUUCCAUCUACCUGGACAAGUUGAAGACGGUUGAUAUUAUUAUCCGGAACAUGCAAGGAGCCGAGUCUCUGGUCAAAGGGUACGAGGUGAAGCUGAGCCGAGAGGAAGGCGUCCCCGCCGACCUGGGAGCCAUCCAGGCGCAGAGAGCCGCCUUGCAGCAGUGGCUCGGGGAAGUGAAGGACAAGGGCUCCAUCUUCUCCACGUUGGAGCAGGAGAUGGCAAAGGCGAAGGCGGUGGGAGAGCAGCUGUACCGGCUGAGGAAAGAGCCCAGCAUCGACCUGGAGUGCUAUCAGGAGAAGAGCAGCCAGCUGUGGGACCGCUGGCAGCGCGUCUGCGCCCAGGUUGAGACCCGCCACGUGGAGCUGGAGAGCAUCCAGGAGGUGCUGAGCGAUUACCGGCAGUGCCACAGCGCCCUGAUCCAGUGGAUCGAGGAGAUCACGGUCCAGCAGGAGCUGAUGAAGCCAGGGCAGGCGGAGGACAGCCGGGUGCUGUCGGAGCAGCUCAGCCAGCAGACGGCUUUGGCUGCAGAAAUUGAGAAAAAUCAAGCCAAACUGGACCAGUGUCAGAAAUUCUCGCAGCAAUACUCGGCUGCCGUCAAGGACUACGAGCUGCAGCUCAUGACGUACCAGGCGUUUGUGGAGUCGCAGCAGAAGUCUCCCAUGAAACGCCGGCGCAUGCUCUCAUCCUCGGAUGCCAUCACGCAGGAGUUCAUGGAUUUGCGGACUCGCUAUACAGCCCUGGUGACGCUGACCACGCAGCACGUGAAGUACAUCAGCGACGCGCUGCGGCGGGUGGAGGAGGGGGAGAAAGUGGUGGAGGAGGAGAAGCAGGAGCAUGUGGACAAGGUGAAGGAGCUCCUGGGCUGGGCCCUGGGCUUGAAGCAGAGCGUGCAAGGCAGGACGGCCGCUGCGGGGAGCAGAGAGCUGGGCGACAUUGAGAAAUCCAUCUCGGAGCAGCAGGCUCUGAAUGAGGAGCUGGCUGCAAAGAAGGAGCAGGUCUCUGAGGCCAUCAAAACUUCACAAAUCUUCCUGGCAAAACACAGCCACAGGCUUUCCCACCCGGAGAAGGACCAGAUUUCCGCUCAGAUCGGUGCUCUGAAGGAGACCUACCAGGCGCUCUGCACCGACUCCACGGAGCAGCUCCAGCAGCUCCAGAGCCAGCUGGCACAGGAGACAGAGCACAAG